AUGGAGCCAAUCUCACUUUCAGAGGACCCUGACCGUUAUCACCCACCUCUUAGCGCAGCUCUUUAUGCAAUUGGACCCCUCUCACCGAUCUCUGAAGAAAUGAGCACUCCAGAGACAGCAACCCCCUACGCCAACAUUGCUGCUCUUGACUCGUAUCUCCAGCAAGAAUCGUCUGACACCCAAGGGAACACCACUCGACCAGAAGACGCUAGCCAGACUAGACCUGUUCGUAUCACGUCUCCCAUACUGGGUCUGCAGAUUACCGACAAUGUGCUGAUCCUGACGGACAAACUCCUGUCAGUGACCAAGGACUUGUAUUCAAUCGCCGAUGACCGCUUCGCCAGUGCUGAAGACAUGUUGCAGAUCCCACGCACAUUUUGUACACAGAUCGAUGAAGACAUCGAAGAAGAAGGACUCGCCCAGAGUACUGGCAUAUCAUACCUGAGAAAGCAUUUGAAGUUGGCGGACAAUAGGCUACAAAUCGCGCGAGAGUCGAGUCAAGUAUUUGAGAAAUCACAUCGAAGCUGCGAAGGAGAAACGUGGUUCGAUCGAUACUGA